AUGGCCAGCGUAGAAUCCUCGCUGUUGCGAUCCCUGAGCCCCAGCCCAGCUCCCGGCGAUGGAGAGGUGGAGCUAGACUGCUGGUUUGACGAGGAGUUCAAGUUCAUCCUGCUGCCUGUGAGCUAUGCGGUCGUCUUUGUGCUGGGCCUGGGCCUCAAUGCCCCGACCCUCUGGCUCUUCCUCUUCCGCCUCCGACCCUGGGAUGCAACGGCAACGUACAUGUUCCAUUUGGCUUUGUCCGACACCUUGUAUGUGCUGUCACUGCCCACCCUCAUCUACUAUUAUGCAGCCCGCAACCACUGGCCCUUCGGCACUGGGUUCUGCAAGUUUGUGCGCUUUCUCUUCUACUGGAACCUCUACUGUAGUGUCCUUUUUCUCACCUGCAUCAGCGUGCACCGCUACCUGGGCAUCUGCCACCCACUGCGGGCACUACGCUGGGGCCGCCCGCGCCUGGCAGCCCUUCUCUGCCUGGCAGUUUGGUUGGUCGUAGCCGGCUGCCUCGUGCCCAACCUCUUCUUUGUCACGACCAGCGCCAGGGGUGCCACCAUCCUGUGCCAUGACACCACCCGGCCCGAGGAGUUUGACCACUAUGUGCACUUCAGCUCGGCCGUCAUGGGGCUGCUCUUCGGCUUGCCCUGCCUGGUCACUCUCAUUUGCUAUGGGCUCAUGGCCCGGCGCCUGUUCCGGCCCCUGCCCGGGGCUGCCCAUUCGUCAUCUCGUCUUCGUUCUCUCCGCACCAUCGCUGUGGUGCUGACCGUCUUCGCUGUGUGCUUCGUGCCUUUCCACAUCACCCGCACCAUUUAUUACCUGGCAAGGCUGGUGGAAGCUGACUGCCGGGUGCUGAACAUCGUUAACGUGGUCUACAAAGUGACUCGGCCCCUGGCCAGUGCCAACAGCUGCCUGGACCCCGUGCUCUACCUGCUUACUGGGGACAAGUACCGCCGUCAGUUCCGGCAGCUCUGUAGCAUUGGCGGGCCCCAGCCCCCCACGACUGCCUCCUCUCUGGCACUGGUGUCCCUACCGGAGGAUAACAGCUGCAGGUGGCCAGCCACUCCCCAGGGUGGCAGCUGUCUGUGCCCUCUGGCACAGACAGGUUGUAACUCCGCAACUCUGGAUGCUGGGAAGUGA